UACGUCAACAGAGUUCGGCGAACUCGACGGAGAUGGGUCUGCGGAACGACACUUUCACACUAUCGCUGUGACUACGAACGGAGUCUCACAUGAAGCGUUACUCCAUGUAUCUAGUGCUGCUGGUGCUGUCGGUGCUGUGCUGGCCGUCGUCGCAGCAGGAGGCGGCGCUCUGCGUGUACCGAGAGUACGCCCCCACGACUCCGGAGCUGUUCGGUCGCUUCGCAGGCAACGGCUGCUACGACUACGGCCCUGACUCCCGCUUCAACGUCAAACUGCGUGCACUGGCCUACCAAGAUCCCAAUGAUGGCAUCAUAUACCCUUGCUUGGCCUACUUCGACCCCGAGGCAAACAAAACAGUCCCAGUAUUCUUCAGUCCAGAUGACCCAAGAGCUAGUAAGAUGAUAGCAGCCUCAUUUGUUGAAGACCGUUUCUUUGACAACUGGGUGAGCUGUUAUAGGGCAGCAGAGGCAUGUUGUGCAAGCGCGGUUUCUGAUCAGGGUGGGGAAGGACAAUGCCCUCACACAUGGGACGGUUGGCAGUGCUGGAGGACCGCCGCUCCACAGACAGUGCAGCAGGCGCCCUGCCCCGAUUACGCCUAUACGUCAACACCGCCGAGCUGUACAUAUUACGCAAACAAGGAGUGUUUUGCAAAUGGCACAUGGUUUGCUACCACUAAUUAUGAAGGUUGCAACAUUGUUCCAAACACAAAAACUCGUCUAAUUUUCCAAAUAUCGAUGCUUGGCAUAUCAAUUGGUUCUGUAUUUCCUGCCAUUGUCAUCUGUUUUUCAUAUAAGAAGUUGCGCGUUCUGAGAGUCACUCUGCACAGGAACCUGAUGUGUGCUAUUGUAAUUAGAAGUAUUCUCACAAUUUCCAUCAAAGCUGGCAUUAUUCUUGAAGCUCUUCUUGCUGUAGAUAGUGAGACAACGGUAAUGGAAGGGAAUGGAGUUGGGUGUCGCUUAUUAGCAGUGAGUGAAAAACUUUCUGGCAAUGCAGUAUUUGCUUGCAUGUUGCUGGAGAGUAUCUUUUUACAUCGACUCAUAGCUGCUGCAAUGAAAGGGGUUCCCAGAAUGAGGUACUACUUCAUUGGAGCAGCAGUUGCAGUUUGCUUACCCGUUUUAGCUUGGGCAAUAUCUAGGGCUGUAGUAGACGAUACAGACUGCUGGGUGGUAGAUUCAAAUCUGCAGUGGAUAAAUGAUGGACCCAGAAUUGCCUUAUUGUCAGUAAACACAAUUCUACUCAUAGAUAUAAUCAGAGUGCUACUUACAAAACUAAGGCAUGUGACAUCUGCUAGAUCUGGAUACAUCAGAAGAACUACAAAAGCUACACUAAUGCUGGCACCAGUUUUUGGUAUAAAUAUACUGUUGACUGCUUACAGACCACAGCCUGACUCAUGCACUGCUGAACAGGCCUACUAUUUCUUCUCUUACUUCAUGGAAGGAAUGCAAGGCUUUAUUGUAGCACUCCUAUAUGUGUAUCUCAAUAAGGAGGUCCAGUCUUUGCUACAAAGAUCAUAUGUGAAUAUGAAGAUAAAAAUAUUUGAUUUCUUCCGCUGUGAUGAUGCAACUGAAAGAGCACGACAGGAACUACAUGUUCUUAUCAGGCGACUGACUUUACUGACCAAUGUCGAUGGGUGGAAUCAAAGCGUUCAAGAAGCCAAUAGCAACAAAAUGAAAACGCAGUCAAGUAAUAUAGAAAAGUCACCAACACUGAACCACAACAAAAAUAGUGAAACAGUAACCAUAAGGAACACUACAAGACCAAGAAGAUUAACAAUAACUUGUGAAGAGCCAACUGAAGUAGAAAUUGUAGCUACUCCAUCUGAUCAAAUUCACAUGCAAGAAAAUGGGUCAUUGUCAAGGAGAGUAACAGUUACAUUCAAUGAUCCAAGUGAUUCUUCUGAUCUUUAAUCAGGAGUAACUACUAUAACUUGAUCAUUUCUGAUUAAAAAAGCAUAUUUUUGUUGCUGACAAUAACUUUCAAGCUAUUGUACAUAUACCAAAUCACAUGACUGACACAUAAAAGUAUUACAGUUUCAUCACUUAUCAUCUCACUGUAGUAUUUGUGUUCUAACUUUCCACUUUCAUGUUAA